CGGCAGAGGUGAACGUUUCUCCACUUAGGAAAAUGCCAAUAAGCAGCCGUGGAUUUCCAAAACUUUUUACCCUAACACAAGCGUCUUUUUGAAUAAUCAGGGAGACGGACAGGGAACUGGAGCAGCACAAACUGUUUACCUGAGAUAUUAAGAUGAGCGCAGACACGGUGGAACAGUCGGAGGCUCCAGCUGAACAGGCAGAACAAAAUGGAAUCGACUUCAAUCGACAAAUAAAGACAGAGGACAUCCACGACUCACCUCAUUCAGCUUCCACACUGAAAACAUGUCACCUGACACAGAGCUCUCCAGUGCCUGGAGGGCAGCUGACUGGGGAGCUCACCUCUCUCCAUACUAUGCAGCAGCUGGUUCUGAUGCCACCGUCUCACCUGUCAUCUCCCUCCUCUUUCCUGCUCUCCCAGAGCCCCACGAGCCACCAAGCUCUUCUGCAGCAAAACCUGCUGUCCCUUCCUGGCCAGAGUCAAACUAGUCUUCUUCAGCAUCAGCCUGGACUGGCUCUUACUCCACAGGGUAUGAGUCGCUCUGGUCUGGCAGGACCAUCUAUGGAGAACCACAUGGACAUGUCUCACUUGCAGAUGCCCAAACACAUGUCAGUACCACCACAGGAAGAACCCAGUGAUCUGGAGGAACUGGAACAAUUUGCAAAAGCAUUUAAACAGAGACGCAUCAAACUGGGCUUCACUCAGGGAGACGUGGGCCUCGCGAUGGGAAAACUGUACGGGAAUGAUUUCAGCCAGACCACGAUCUCUCGCUUCGAGGCUCUCAACCUCAGCUUCAAAAACAUGUGCAAGCUCAAACCUCUGCUGGAGAAAUGGCUGAGUGAUGCAGAGAACUCUCCUUCUGACUCGAUGAGCAACCCUACCUCUCUGCCGCCCCUGAUGGAGGGCUACGGCCGCAAACGGAAAAAGAGGACGAGCAUUGAGACGAACAUCAAGCUGACUCUGGAGAAACGUUUCCUUGAUAACCCCAAGCCCAACUCAGAGGAGAUAACAAUGAUCUCCGAGCAGCUGUCCAUGGAGAAGGAGGUAGUUCGAGUCUGGUUCUGUAAUCGGCGCCAGAAGGAGAAGAGGAUCUACUGCCCGGUGGCUAGUUUACCUGUCAAAUCACACAGCUACAACUCCAGAAUGGCCUCAGCAUCCAGAUCCUACAGCCCUCUGGCUUCAGGCGGAAUUUCAUCAAAUUCUUCUCCAAACAGUGCUAGCCGUGAAGCCUCUCCCAACGGCCUGUCCACAGCCUCUGCCUCUUUAACAUCUCAAACCAACCCAGCCUCCUACAGCACACCAGGCUCCUGGUACCGCACAUGGAAUUCCGCUGCAUACCAUCACUGAUAAACAUGAACUGUAUCAUAUGAAGCUUUUCAAGAUUGUGGUUUUUUUUGUUGUUGUUGUUGUUGUUUUGUUUUUUUUUGAAAAGGAUGUACACUUAAGAUGUGGCAGAGUAACACAAUAUCCCCGUUAUGAACGGGGUUACACCUACAGGCUAAACCUUUGAUGGACCCAUAAGGCAAAACAGCAGCACAAGCAGAGGACUGCACCACACCACACACUUCUGUAAACACACACGUCCCGACAGACAGCCCCAAGCUGUUUGAUUUGUGUUCAGGUGACUCUUUAACUCUGCUUAGAUCAGCUGCAAAGAUGAAGAAUACACAGAAACGCACACGCACACAAAAAAAAAAAAAAAAUACUGGUGGGAAUUCUCAUGCCUAAAUGUUUGUGGCUUGGAUUUUUAACUAUCAAGACUCAAAUAAUCUGACUGUUGAAGGAUUCAGGUCCAGAUUCCCUAAGAUUGUGUGCCAAGCUGUUCAUUACGCCAUCCACAAUGAUCUCUGUUGUUAUGAUGUGUUCUUAUGUUCAUAUUAUAGUGUUGUGUUAGUGAAUUUGAUGCAUUUCAUACUGCUUGCCUGUCUAAAUAAAUAUGCAGUCAAAACAAUUUAAUAGAUUUAAUAGAAUUUUCAUCUAUUCACCAAUGCAACACACCAUCAGUGAACAGAACGGCUUUUUGAUUUGGUCAUUUUAGUUCUUUAAAGGAUAAUUCUGGUUUAUCAAAGUCUUAUUAUUGCAAAUUUGGCCACUAUUUCUAUCAGUUAUAAUAACACUGUACUUACCACAGUAAUUAUGAAAUCUGGGAAAGUGAGACUGUGGCAACAAAGGCCAAUGAAACAAGAAACAUGAUCAGACAAGAAAACUGUAUGCACACUACUACGGUAUGCAGAGUAAAUAAAAACUGAACCAAAGUGUCUGUCUGUACAUUGCAAUGGAUGUUUACAACAGUCAUAAUUUUAUUGUUUCUUGUUUUCCCCCUAAACAACUUUGUCUAACCUGAAGGGUUUGUUUACAACUUGUCUGAUUGUCUGAUUGUCUGCUCAUGUUUUCUCUUGUUCAGUGAUGUUGCUGUAGUUUCCCAGAUCUCAGCCAUUAACGCGGUGAGGACCAUGUUAGGAAUUAUGGAUAAAACUACAAAAAAAAAAAAAAAAGACCCAAGAUUUAAUAAACUGGAAUCAUAACUCACUUUAAAGAACCUGAACACAAAAUUUUCUGACAUA